GCUGAACGCGCUUGGUGUAGAGAAGCAGGCAAGCAGCAAAGGGAAGAAAAAGACACACGGCAGAAAACCUGCCGUAAAGUGACACUCUGCCGCAACACUCUAGGCUCUCUCCUACAACUGUUCUGCGGUAAAACAUCACAACCACGGGCGGAAGGGUAGAAGUACAACAACAGCAGCAGCAACAACAACAACAAAAACGCACAGCCCCCAAGUGUGAAGGUUUCCCGCGUAUCGAGUAUCUCCCAUUCAGGCGCAACCGUCUUAGCUCAUUCGACUAGUUAACGCCGGACGGUACAGAGCAGGCUUGAUACCGCCAAACCGCUAAAGCCUAGACUACGCGCGCGAUCUCGCUCCGUUUGAGCUCGGGUGGGUAGGACCAUAUAAACAUCGAUCUGAAUCACUACUAUCAAGCCGCAACACACACACACACACGCACACUAACGUGCAGAACAACACACACACACACGCACAUGGCGUUGCACGCGGAUGUAUAAGUGAUGUGUUGCUUUGUAUAUUCAUUCGCUCUACGUAUUCUUGCUGAGAUCCCCGAGUACUAAGUGCGUUGGAGUAGUGUCUACGUCGAGGGAACGUAGUGGCCAAGCGAGAGAGAGAGAGAGUAGUGUGUGCGAUUAGUAGCAAACGAGCUAGUGUCUAAGUGCGAUACGAUCAGUGAUCCUCCGCCAUUCUGUCUGCUGUAAAGCCUGUCAAGGCAUUUCGCGUAUGUCAAAGCAGCUCCACUAGACAGGUUUUGGUGGAACCAGUGGUGGUGGACCACACAGUCAAGGUAGCAAGAUGGCAACAAUGCUGAAUGUUUGGCUAUCGCUGGCAACAGUGAUCCUUGCCACGAUGCAUGGCAUACCGGCAACGGCAAACCGAGAACACAAGGUGCACAAUAUUGUGCUUUACCCCAACAAACAGUCCUGGUGUACGACGCGUAACAUUAGCCAGGUGAUAACGGAACCGGGCUGCAAGCAGGUAACGAUCGACAACAAUGUUUGCGUCGGUGCCUGCUUCAGCUACUCGAUCCCCCACACGGAACCGUCCGAUCCGGGCGAGAUAAUCGGACCGUACUGCGAUUCCUGUCAACCGUCGGACGUGUCGUACGUCUUCGUUAAGGUGGAUUGUACGGAAAAUGUGAACAUGAAGAAUCCGUACCUGUACAAGCAGGUGCAACUGAUACACAACUGCACCUGUACGGCGUGUGACGAGCAGUCGACGCAUCGGUCCACCCCUACCGGUAACCAUGACCCGUCGGACGGUUCACAGGAGCAGGUACUUGGUUCUGGGGAACAGAUUCACCAUCACCCAACCCACCAUCAGCCACCGCUGGCUUUGGAAAAGGAGCAAAGUUUGAGCCCGUCCGAGCAUCAGCACACGAAACACACUCCGGCGGGUAGCGUUGGGGAUGCGGAAGAAACGCCGGCGGACAGCGAUAUGAUCCAGGACGAUAUACCGGAAAUACUGGAGGUGGUACACUACAGUGAGAACGAUACCGAACCGAUACGCCACACGCCGGUGCACGAUCUGCAGUCGCCGCACAGUGGUACGACGUACCUGGAGCAGCAGCAGCUUAACCACUACGAACACAACAGCCACACGGACAACGUGAAGAAGCUGUUGCAUCAGAAGAUUGUCAAGCUGUUGCGUUCGAUCGAGGAAACGAACUCCCAGUCGGACCGCGAGCAGCUGAUCGAGAUGAUACGGUUGAUCAAGGGUACGAGCGACCGGAACUGGGACGAGCUGGUGGAAAGCUUACAGUCCGAAAAUUCCAUCCUCGACUUUAACCGGCUACGGUCGGAGCUGGUUGAGGAUGAACCGCUGAAUGUGCCAUCGUUCGGUGCAGCCAACGGUACGGAGGAACCGGCCAAGAAGCAGGCCGAAACGCCGGAAAUGGAAGAUCAUCAGCGGUUGAUGCAUCACCAGUACGAUACGUUGCGCCAUCGGCCGAACCAUCUGCCGAACGAGCAUGAGGAUGGUGGUGCAGCGGGCACGAAGGAAACGGUAGCAGAUACAGCGUCACACGAGGCUGCUCCGGUCGGGACACACAGCCAUCAUGCCCAUCCGCACCAUCACACGGUGGGCGAGCGUAUCGAUGCGCAUCAUCAUCUAGGGCGUGGACCGCACGGUGCACUGGUGAUCCAGGCGGACCGGGACGAGCUAGAGAUUCACCGGAGCAUCCAGAACGGGCACGAAAUUAAGGAAAAGAUCCACAUACAGGCGCAUGAACUGAAACCGAACCAUGCCGGUACGGUCGUCACGUACGACGGGCAUGUACCGGUACAGGUACCGAUCAGCUCCUCUAACGUUACGCCGGCACAGGUGGGCGAAACCGAGCAACGGGAGCAACACCAUUUCCAAACACCUCAUAUGCACCCGAGACAUCCGCCGGGCCAUGGUGGGCAUCAUAACAAUCCGGCCCGAUUGCACGGACAGCACGAAAGUGACCGGCACACCGGCGGACACCACAAUCACGACCAGCAUCCGGACCAGCAUCACCAGCAGCAGCAUGGGUCACAUCAGCACAAAUCGCAUCAAGUGGCAGUACCGGCACCGGCUGGCGAUACCGAACACUGAUUGGGAGUGCUGCAGGCAUAAACCGUUUUUUUUUUUUUGUACGAGCUAUACCACCAUUCUAUUUGCACCAUUAUUAAAAAUGCCCCGUUUAACAUCGGUUCGCCAUACCUGUGCGCAGAGAGGUGAAGGAAGUGGCAGAAUGCAGCGGGUGAAGCAAUCUUCUAACGUUAAAUUUACUGCAAGGAUUGCAACAUGAUUUACCUACAGUUUAAAUUUCUAGUCGCUAGGCGAGGGUUUUUGUUUUUUGGGAGAUGUGUAUGUGUGUGGGGAAGUGACUAGUAUGCGAAGAUAGGGAAUAUUUCGAUCAAACCAGUACCUAAGUUUGUUACACAAAACAAAAAUUGAGCAAAAUUAAUUUAGUUUUUUAGGCUUUUUCUAUUCAGCUUACCCCCAUUGGAAUUAACCGUAGGAGACGAACGAAGGCGAACAAAGAACAGGACAGGGCAGGCAAGGGCUAUUGGUUAUACAUGUUAUGAACACAAUUCAAUCAGAGCAGCAAGCACCACACGCAUUCGGUUGCUCGUGAGCUGUGUGCGCUCCUCAAGCAAAACUUUGUAUAAAAACAUAACAAAAAACGAAAGAAAGAAAGUAAUACAUUCGAUUGAUGCAAUCUGUUUCCAUUAUGCAGCACGGUGCAUGUGCAGAGCGAAACCAUAACUCAAUACUAUCAUUGUUGUAUAAACACCGCUUUUUCUGGCAAGUUUGUUAUAAAAGAACUUAUUAAAAACAGUAAUUAAUACUCAGGUGAUAUUUGAACGAGAUAUCACUGUUA